AUGACGCUGCCCAACCACCGCCCGCCAGCGCCGCCGUCCGCACCGGACAGUCCGCUCACGGCCGCGGCCGACGCGUUGAGCUUUGGGUCGGACGGUAGCCGCGACUACGAGGACGCGACCGCGGACACGCUGCUCGGACCGACGACGUCCAUCACAGACGACAUUGCUUCCACGCUGACGCACCUCGCUGGCGACCCGGUGUGGGCAGCCAUGGCGCCGCUCUUUGCGCCACAUAUGACGGACCUCCUUCGUGCCUCGUCCACAAAAGAUGCCCGCGCCACCAAGUGCCUCGAAGAGCUCAAGAUGGUGCUGGCAACCCCGUCGGGUACGACGCGCGACCUCUGCGACCGGUACACGGCGGCCCUCGACCAGGCGCUGGAGGCGUCGCCACCGACGCACAAGGCCGCCAAGAAGCGCACCAACCUCUCCAAGGUCGCCAAGCGCGUGCUCCGGACGUGGUUUGACGCGCAUUUUCACCACCCGUACCCGACGGACGAGGAGAAGGAGGUGCUGAGCGCCCAAGGCGGCAUUACGAUCGAGCAAGUCAACAACUGGUUUAUCAACACGCGCGUGCGCGAGUGGAAGCCCAAGCUGCACCAGAUCCUAGCGGAAAAUGCGGCGGGCAACACGCACACGCUGGACGCGAUGCUCGAUAAGGUCAAGGAACCGUACAAGCUGUAA